UACAUCUGUACACUAGAUGGACCAUUUAAAAAACACUUUCCGUUCUUUUUAUUUUUUUAAUUUUAAUGGAGUACAUUCAACACUUUCCAUUUCAAUUGCAUCCGAGAGUCGGAAAGAGGAAACAAAUAUAGAUUGAAGAAGGAAACUGUAACUACUUUACUAUGUCUCUUGUGGUUCACUCUCAUCUUCCACUUCCAUCCACUUUGUGGAAAUCGAAGCAGAAAAUUAGGUUAAACCCGCUAUCGUCGCCCUCAUUCAUAGCUAGCAGAAGCAGCAGAAAUUUCGGGUGCAGUGCUAUUAAUAUGAAUUAUAAUAAUAAGAAUGAUAGCAGUAAUUCUUCAAAUGGGGUCACAUGGUGUUUCUUCAAUCCAGCGAAAGACCCCAUCAUUCAAGAAGCUCUCAAGUGCUUUUCCUAUGCUGAUUCGCUAAUGACUGAGUUCUCAACAGACGAAACUGCAGGUAGAAGUCCGAUUAAAGUGAGUUGGGAGUUUGGACUAAUAUGGUGAAAACAUGACAUGACAUGAACUUAUCUGUUAAAUUGAAUUUCUCUAUCAUAAGGCAACAAGUGGUAGUAAAAUUUGACUGAAAUAUCUUCACAUUGGGAUGAAGUUAUUAGUUACAAUUAUUCCAUUUUACAGCAUUAGUACCUCAGUCUAGACAUAACUGUAUACUUUUAUAUGUACAUGGGAGUUAAGGAAAUGGUGGAGAGAUUUAAAUUUUAGAUAAAAUUAUGUUGAGUUUACAAAAUUUCCCUUAUAAAUCUAUUUUUCUUCCUUAA